UGAUGGUAUCAAGUGGACAAGAUGGAGAAAGCGUGCCACUCCGGAUUAUCUUGCGAGGAUAGAAUGAUCCUUGCAUUGUACCUCGCGCACUGAGGCCGGGUGCUCUACAUACUGUCCAUCCUUUUGAGACGCCUGCACUACCAUUAAUACACGUUUACGAACAUCCAAGAUGUCUGCAACACCAUCACACUGGCCUCCGCUAGAUUUGGAAGAGUAUCUCAAUAGCGGCGAGACAGCAACUUCACUAGAUACUGCGCGUGUUGAUUCGCCGCUUGAUGUUCGACGCGAGCCCUUUCUGCCGUUCGAUGAAAGUGUACAAUUACUAGCGCAGUAUGAAAACACACCAUCUCCAGCUCUCACCACGGCAGCGUCUCUACAGGAUGCACGGCUAACCACAUCACUGCCACAUGUGGACCACAACCAACUCGAUCGAGGACGGCAACCGACGCCUGGAACGAGCGUAGCGCUUUCUCAGCGGCAGUCUCGGAGCAGUCGCGGACAGAGUGAGGAAAGCCGGACAAAAGUUCGCUUUGUUGUGGUCGAUCACCAUGAACAGUUAAAGAAUCCCGAGACAAUUCGACGGAAUCGUAGACACGUGAUGAAGCACUGGCUUGCAUCUAACCCGCAAGAUCCUCGAGCGAGAGCCGCUGGAAGGGCAUCGAAGCGACCUCAGCCAGCAGAAGCCCCUCCGCAUGCUGCAGCUCCAAGCGUCGCCUCCGCGGCUUGCCAGCAGAACCAGCGCCCCGGCCCUAUGACUGUCGCCAGACACGGUCCAAAAACGCACGUUGCGCCUAUAGGCGCCAGAUCCGCACAAGGCAGAUCAUCGCGGCCAAAGGUACCGCAAACGUCUGUGCAGGGACCCUCGACACCACUGUCGCCAUUGGUUAGAGGUAUCAGUGGGGGAUACCGCAAUUAUAUGUAUUUGGGAACGGAUCCGAAGGACGUCCCGUUCGGCCAGCUUGAUCCCUUCGAUACAUUGCCAGAGUUCGAUGACGCUACACUCGACGUCAAUAAGCUCAAACAUAGAUGUAGUACCUACUUCGGCAGCCGGAGCAUAUCCCAAUCCUGGGUUCCAGAGCUUCUCAAAGCCAGACACGCAUUCUUGAGCACUAUUUGCAUAAGCUCAGCUUAUGAUGAUAUUAUGAGGCGAGCGUUAUACACCCCGGACCAACGCCCGCGAAGGGAGAGCGUGGAGCGAGCCUUAGCACGGAAGGAGGUUACGAAGAUGAUCAAUCAAAGCAUGAACGACACGCAAAUGCAAGUUGCAGAUGCCACCAUCGUCGCCGUGCUCCACCUGCUUAAUGCUGAGAUCAUGGGUUGUGACGAUCGCGUGAUGCGAGUUCAUCAGGCGGGCUUAUGCGCUAUGGUAGAGAAAAGAGGGGGUCUUAACUCAUUAGGUGUCAAUGGUCAGCUUGCGGGUAUCACAACGAUAACCAUGCAUCUUAUUGCGACGCUUAGAGAGGUCCUACCGCAAAAGGUGUACCUAGAUUAUGCAAAGGAGCAGCGAACCAAGCCUCCGACGCAUGUACGACCCUUGCCGGAAUGUCCACUGUACUACAGACAUUCGGGCUAUCUGACCAUCGCUAAUGUACUUGGCCCAGGGAGCCACAUUUAUCGCUUGCUAGAGUCUGUUCGCCAGCUCACAGGCAGAUGCUUCGAGCUAUGUGAUGAAAAUGACAUCGCUGUCCGAUGGCCACCGCAAGGGGACCAUGCCGCAACUGCGAUAUGUGCGGAGAUGCAAGUGCUGACUGAAAGGAUUUUUGCUUUCGAAGCAGGAGAAGGCCUGGAGUUCGGAAGUAUGAGCGACCGUUAUAUGUACGAGGCUAUUCGCCUGACCUCUCACAUCUACGCACAGGCAUUAAUCAACCGCGUGCCCUUCUCAAAAGCAGCAAACCAGCUUCGCUUUCGGGAUCACUACCGGAGUCUCCAGGUUGGCACCCUGUCACACAGGGCGAUCUACGUUGAAGGCUGCGCCAUGCACAUCCACGUUCGGAAUGCUCUAAGCCGCACAGAUACAUCCGACUGCUGGGGUCACCUAGCCGGUGUGCUCUUCUGGAUUGGCUUGGUUGCAGGUGCAGCUGCCAACCCUGCAGCAGCACCAGAGGGCUAUAUUGAACGCAGGGUUCGAGGAGAGGAUGAGGAAAGUAGGAAGUGGUUGGCCGCAAUCGUUGUUAGGUGUUCCAUUCUUUUGGGCUUUGAGCACAGUUCCAGUAUCUUGGAAACGUCGAAGCGAAUCAUAGCUUUGCAGCAGCUCCUGACGCCGCAUCGAACAGGUGACGAAACCAGCAGGCCGCCAACUAAGUUGGCGAUGUCGAAUACUAAAGGGAAAACCCCAGUACCGACACCAGCCUGAAGCAUGCAGGACUUCGCUUUCGACUUCCACAACGCGAAACCCAGAUGCAUCAGUUGUUCCGCGCC